CGUCUCUGGGUCCGGGCUAGUAUUCAUGCCGCAGGAAAGCUAGGGUUGAGGUCACAUCAGGUUUGAGGUGAAGGAAUGAGGCGGGUGGCAGAGUACCCACGUCCUUUGGGGCACCUUGAAUUAGGGACGGAGGAAUCUGCUCUUUCGAGGCUUCUCUGUGGCGAAAGGGUAGGGAUCUAAAUGAUCUAAAUACCCGAGGGCAAGGAUCUAAAUGAGAAGGGAUUCCACUCCCACCUCCAUUUCCAGUAGUCUCUAGACAAUAGUCCCCAGACCAUACCCAGCUAGAUCAAUUCACGCUUUAAAAUAGGGGGAAAUAAAGAAAACCGCCGCCACCACCACCUUUUUCCCUGCGCCAAGCAGGACGUAGCUAAAGUAGGACUUCUUAAAACCCAGAAGUCAUUUGUGCGAUUCUUUGAGCACUAGUCUCUCCCACUCUCCACUGCGAAGUCCCCAAGAGGUCCCUAUGAUAUCUCUGGAGAUCAACACUCUCACGACCGGUGCGACUGGACUGUACGCAAUCUAAGCCCACUUGACCCCAGUGCAGCCCAUCCGGUGGGCUGGAAUGGAAAGAGCCUCACAUUGUGGGAAGGACCCAGGAUCUCGGGCUCUUUCAACCCAGCCCUAGUUUUGCUGUCUGCCUCCUGACCCAGCGCCAAGAUGUCAGCCCUUGGACACACAUUCCCCUUCUAUGCUGGCCCCAAACCCACCUUCCCCAUGGAUACCACUUCAGCAGUCAUCAUCACAGUCUUCUUAACCCUACUGGUCACUUUCAUCGGUAUCCUGCCUGGUAUCAGAGGCAAGAUGAGGCUGUUUUGGCUGCUUCGGGUUGUGACCAGCCUAUUCAUUGGAGCAGCCACCCUGGCUGUGAACUUCAGUGGGGAGUGGUCUGUGGGCCAGGUCAAUACCAAUACUACAUAUAAGGCCUUCAGCCCCUUGAGGAUCAAUGCAAAUGUAGGGUUGCAAAUUGGUCUUCGAGGGAUCAAUAUUACCCUUACAGGGACACCAAUACGGCAACUGAAUGAGACCAUUGACUACAAUGAGCAGUUCAGAUGGCAUUUUGGACAAAAUUAUGCUGAGGAGUACAUUGAAGCGCUGGAGAAGGGGGUGCCUGACCCAGUACUCUACCUGGCAGAGAAAUUUACUCCAAACAAUCCCUGUGAUCUGUACCGCCAAUACCGGCUGGCUGGACACUAUGCUUCUGCCACACUCUGGGUGGCAUUCCUCUGCUGGCUAUUAUCGAAUGUGCUGCUAUCCAUGCCUGCAUUAGUUUAUGGUGGGCACAUGCUCCUGGCCACGGGAGCCUUCCUCAUCUUCUCAUUGCUCUUCUUCUCCUCGGCCACCACACUGACCCCACUGUGCCCGCUCCGCCUGGGCUCUGCUUCCCUGCACAUUCAACGUGGACCUGCCUUCUGGAUCACACUGGCUACUGGGUUGCUGUGUAUUCUGCUGGGCCUGAUUGUGAUGGUAAUGCACAGAAUACAACCUGACAGGCUGAAAAUUUUCUUCAACCAAAGUGGGAUCGAAGAACCUGAAAAAGGAGCAGGUCCAGAGGAAGGAGGACUCUUGAGUCCCCGAUACAGGAUUUCCCAAGAGAGCCCUGGGGACCAAGACAUAACUCUGUCAGAGGCUCCCAGUGAGGAGUGCCCUAGGGAGGGACCCAUCAGUCCUGUAGAGGAUCCCCUGAGAGAGCCAGAGAGUUGCUUAUAACAUUCUAUCUCCUAUACCACACUGGAUUUAGGAGUUGAAGAAAGUCUGGAGAUGUUCCGUCUCAAGGGUUUACAGUUAGCAUGCACUUUUACCCUUCCAAAUUGUCACCAUUGGAGACUUUCUUUCUAGUUCCAAAUCUCCCUUAACUCAUUGAAACAAUGAUUGCCACCCUAAGUUUAUUGCUGAUAUCUUCCCAGAGAGACAAUGUGGUAUGAAGAAAAAGAUCAUUGGACUUGGAGCCAGAUCUGGAUUCAAACCCUAGCUUGAAUCUGGUACACGAAUUCAGUUUAAAACAACAAGCAUUUAUUAUAUGCCAAGCAUAAUGCAAGGAGAUAUAAUGACCUAGCAAGAAAGAAACAGUUCCUACCAUGAAGGAGCUUACAUUCUGUGUGUUAGCUGUGUGACUUUGGGCAAGUAAUUUCACUCCUUUGAGCCUCAGUUUGCUUAUCUUUAAAAUGGUGGAAGAGAAUGGAUUAGAUCAGUCAUUACGGAUUUGUGGGUGUAUGGGUCUUUAAAUCCACAAGGUUAUCAAAUAAAGACAUUUCAGUCUUUACCUCCAACAAAAUGUCAAGGGGGUGGGGGAAGGUUCUGGCAUUUUUUUUAUGGUAAAAAGAAAUUCUUUGACCCUCUGAUCCUCAUAUUUAAAAGCUCAGGAACCACCAGACUUGGGGGAAAUUAGGUGAAGACCCCUUCCAACAGCCUAAGAUUCUAACUCUUCCUGUGGAAGUCUGAGCAAUGAAUCUGAGCCACAGCAGGUGGUUUAAAGGCUAAAGGUCUUGUGCGGAACAAUCAAGUCUCUUCACCUCCCUUGGCCUCAGUUUCUUCCUAUGUAAAAUAGGACAGUUGGACUAGAUGCCUUUCCCAGUACCUAGUCGCCCUCAAUCUGUGAUGCUAUGAUCCCUUCUACCAAUACCAGAUCAAAGAUGAAGGCACUUUGAGUUCUCAUUUCAAACUUGUCUGCCUGGUU